AUGGACAAUGCAGAGACAGAUCCUUGCGUUUCCAUAAACAGUGAUGGGAUUGCAUACCGCGAAUUCAGCUGUGACUACCCACAGCUCGAACCUUUCUACUUGAAUUUUGAAAAGAAAUAUGACCCUAUUCCGGUGUUGAGAUGGAUGAGCGAACAUCCAAUGAUUCCAGUUGCAGCAGUUGUGAUUUACGGGUUCUUGAUUGUUUGGGGGCAACAUGUUAUGAAGAAAAGACCCGCAUGGAAUUGGAGAAACGCAAUGGCAGUCUGGAAUCUUAGUCUUAGUAUCUUUUCUUGGAUUGGAAUGUUCCGAACGGCACCUCAAUUGGCGAGUAACUUGUACCACCUACCGCUAAGAGACAAUCUUUGUGAAGAUCCUAGAGAAACAUACGGAUCGGGGUCAUCUGGUCUCUGGGUACAGCUGUUCAUUCUGAGUAAAUUUCCUGAACUUGUUGACACCUUUUUUAUUGUCAUUCACAAGAAACCGCUGAUCUUCCUGCAUUGGUACCAUCACAUUACGGUUCUGCUUUACUGCUGGCAUUCUUAUGUGACAAAAUCUCCUCCUGGAAUAUUUUUUGUUGUCAUGAACUACAGUGUGCACGCAACGAUGUAUGGGUACUACUUUUUGAUGGCCAUGAAGUUGCGGCCAAAAUGGUUCAACCCCAUGAUCAUCACGACCUUUCAGAUUUCGCAAAUGGUGGUUGGAGUUGUCGUCACCAUGUUGGGAUUCUACUAUUACACAACAGAUCCAACUUGCAAAAUUGAAAGGGAAAACAACACAGCUGCUUUCGUGAUGUAUGGAAGCUAUUUAUUCCUAUUUCUACAGUUCUUUGUUGGCCGUUACUUCAAGCCCAAGGCACAAAAGCAAAAAUCAGUAUAG